AUGGCGAAAGACGUGAGCAGCAACGAACUCGCGCCGGAGUCCGAGCUCACGCCUCCGCCUGUAACGCUCCUGACCCCCGACGCCCACAAGCUCACGCAGAAGAUGGACCAAGACACAGGGCCCGUGACAUCUCCGUACAUGGGCGCGCAAGUCCAGGUAUACUUCCGCAGCGGCCUGCCCUUCCACAUCCCCCGCGUGCUGUGGAAAAAGGCCCGCGUCAAGACAUUCUACAGCAGUGCCGACCAGAACUACCACCUCCCCGCCGUGCCCGACGAGGCCGGCCACGUGCUGAUCCACUACCUCGUCACCGGCACCUACCAGACCCUCAAGACGCCAACGGGGCCGAGCAGCCUCGAGGUCGCCGUCUACGUCUACACGACGGCGCUCUCGUGCCGGCUCCCCGCCCUCGCCGCCCUCGCCAGGGCGCGCAUCGCCCGCUUCGCCGACGCCCUGGCCAGCCCGGCGCAGGUGCUGCGCGUCGUCAGCGAGGGCGCCAGGCUGCUGGCGCGCGAGGACCCGUGGCUCGUCGGCUUCGUGGCGGCGCACGUGCGGCGCGUCCUGGAGGAGGCGCGCGCGCCCGGCGAGGACGAGGUGCUGCGGUGUUUUGGGCCGCUCGAUGCGUUUUCUGCCAUGCUGGUGCGGGGCAUGAUUCAGAUCUGCGCCGCGGCUGUGUCGUGCGGGGAGCCCGUCGUGGCGACGCCGGAGCCUCGGGAGGAGAAGGUGUCUUCUGCGCACGGGUCUCUCGAGCUGGAGCAGCGACCUUUGGAGGCUGAGGGUGUUCUGGACGAUCCACCCGCGCCGGAGCCGGAGCCGGAUGUGAUGCCCGAAGACGAACCUGCGGUGGAGCCCGAGUGGACGCUUGAGCCAGAGCCAGAGCCCGAGCCCGCCCCUCCGAAGGCGGAGACGAUGCCGGUUGAAGAGCCCGAGUGGACGCUUGAGCCCGAGCCCGAGCCCGAGCCCGCCCCCUGCGGAGGCUAUACCGGAGCCAGCCUCGGAAAGUGGCACGUCGGCAACGUGGGGCCAAAGCCAGAAGAAGAAGCCGAAGAAAAAGCCGAAGAAAAAGGGGCUGUUGUAAGUCGUUGUGCGAGACCUCUGCACGGCACGCUGCAGAAGGAUUGCGACGCAGCAGAAGGAAUUGCCAAAACCAUCAAAAUCACCUUGAUUUCAUGA